CGCUCGCUCUCUACACCAACACAACCUCCUCUGCGGUUCCACCGUAGCUACUGCAGUGAAUCCGUCAUCCGUAAAGAGAAAAGGCGAGAGCAAGUCAAGCUGGUCUAUAUUUAUUACAACUAGAAAUAUUUCCCUGAUACAUAGUCUUAAUUGAUUGUGCAACGUCGUCUUUCAAAUAGUUUCCUUUGCUCACCAGGUGAAGACACCCAACCGACAGAAUGGGAAACGAAGCAAGUUAUCCCUUGGAGAUGUGUACACACUUUGAUGCUGAUGAGAUUAAGAGGCUGGGAAAGAGAUUUAAGAAACUCGACCUAGAUAACUCUGGCUCCUUGAGCGUGGAAGAGUUUAUGUCCUUACCGGAACUCCAACAGAAUCCCCUUGUACAGCGAGUCAUCGAUAUAUUUGACACAGAUGGCAAUGGGGAAGUCGACUUCAAAGAAUUCAUUGAGGGUGUCUCCCAGUUCAGUGUCAAAGGUGAUAAAGAGAUGAAAUUGCGCUUUGCCUUCAGGAUCUAUGACAUGGACAAGGACGGCUACAUAUCCAAUGGCGAACUCUUCCAGGUCCUCAAGAUGAUGGUGGGAAACAACUUAAAGGACACCCAGCUCCAGCAGAUUGUUGACAAAACCAUCAUCAACGCAGACAAAGACGGCGAUGGGAGAAUAUCUUUCGAGGAGUUUUGUGCGGUGGUGGGAGGAUUAGACAUACACAAAAAGAUGGUUGUGGACGUGUGACUGACCUCACGGGCCCCCUCAAAACACCUUUUCGCUUUCUUCUCCAUUUCUGAGGAUCUGCUCGAGGUGUCAUCCAGCAACGCUCUCUGUGUAUUUUUCAAUGGAAGUAUUUUCCUCUGUGAAGCCACCUUUUUUUCCCCCAACCCGAGCCUUCUGAAGCCAACCAUUUGUAAGUGUUAUUGAACAUGAAUUCUCUCAAUAACCCGGUGUAGCACUUUAAAAGCCUGAAGGACAGAUUUUUAUCGUUGAGUGAGUGUUUCAGUUUGGUGGAGGAAGGUUAGUGUGUUUCUUUUUCUUUAAUUUUGAGGCAGUUGGGAUUUUGUCAUAUUUAUUUUGGUCUUGGCUUUUUGGGGGGGAUGCGUGUAGUUAACUGUGAUGUACUUGAUUUCAACACAACACAAAAAUAGAGCAUGAAGUGCCAAUCAGAACAUAUUAUAAACCGGUUGAAUAUAAUGGUAUAUAUAUCGUCUAUCGAAAUUCGGUGGAAUUGCUUAUUUCAAUGUGCCCAAUGCACGAUUCAAACAAUCCGAUUUACAUUUUCAAGGCUAAUGCUUUUCCUUCUACUUUCACUAAAUAUUUUGAACAGCUAGGUUUAAGACAGCUUUUUUAAUAAGGGGGGGGGGGCUUGUGCACUAUACAUGUUUAUAUUGUCAGGGACAUCGAUCAUCUUGCUUUUGAAGAUGCAGUGGGUUAGAGGAAAUAAUAUUUACAUUUAUGCACAUACAAGCUUACGGUCUACUUCAAGGACAAGUCUUUUUUGAGUCACUGGUUGGUUAUGCGAAUAAUAAUCACCGUAGUCUCUUAUUCCAACAAAAAGCACGUCUUCAUUCUGGAUGGUAUGGCCUCACAGGCCGUUAGAAUAAUGUGUUUUGUAUUUAUUGCUUUAACGUCAGCCAUGUUAAGUUACAGACUAUCAUAUAGAAGUAGAGAUGAGUGCUUUUGGUUUAAAUGUUUGUGAUAUGGUAAAUGUUUCAUUUAACUACAGGCAGAGCUGAGGUAACUUACAGUAAGUAGGCUAUAGUUGGGACAUUGAGGGAUGUUAAGUUGGUUAGGCUUAUGAGAGGCGUUGAUUUCAACGUACACAUUUUGCCUUCUCGACAAUGUCAUUUUUUUUUAGUUUUGUUGAAGAUGCAACCAACACGGGCAUUUUAUGACAAAGCUACCAAUGUUUUUUUUACACAGAGAUAAGGGACACGCCAGAACAGGUUUUUAUUUGUAUCUAUACAUUUUAUGAAAUUAAACGUAUUUCAGUUUGAGGCUCUGCUUUUUUUGCUCAACUGAAUGCACCAACGGGCGGGUGAUCAAGUGCGUGAUCCUGUGCCGCAUGCGCCCGCCAACCCCGUGCCGCUGUUUUCUUCGACGGCGUGCCGCACGACGAUGGUUCUUAUCAGAUCCUAAAAGGCCCCGAAGUCUUGUGAUGUGCUCGCAUGACACGGAGGGCUCUCUCUCUCUUGUUUUCCUUGUGCAUGUAGAUCCAUUUUUUUGAAAAGCUCUGUUUACAUAUGAAUCUUAAUGUUAAUAUAUUAUAACAUGAAUGAAAAUUACAUAUAUAUGGAUGUUGCCAAAAAAAAGAUUGGUAAAUGUUGAAUUAAUAUGGAAAUGACUAAAAGUAACUCCACUACAUGUACCUGUUAUUCUAAACAACUAUAAUCUUUUGGAUAUUUCUGUCACUUCUAUUCCAGCAAAGCUUCACUUAUGCCCCAGAGUAGACUACCAGCUCCGUUUCAGGUAGAAACCAUUCAAGAUGUUAGAUUUUUUUCUGUAAUUUGUAGGGUUUUUUUCUUUGUUUUUUUAAACAGAUAUUUGUUAUACACACGGUAGUAUUAGUGCUCCCUCCUUAGUUUUUUUUUUUUUAGGUUUGUGCUAAAUAUGUCCACUAUUGGAUGAAAGGGAUCUCUGUGUGCGUGUGUUUUAUUAUGGGGUGGUAUAGGGUGGAGGCAAAAACGGUUUCAGUCUUAGGUUUUACUUUUCUUCUUAUCCAUCUCUGCAUGCUGCAUCUGCUGUGGGGAACCAUUGAAACUUCAUAUAUGAAAAAGAGAAAUAAAAGAUUUGAAAGUU